CCUCUCUCAAGUCCCCUAGAUUCCCGGAAUUACGGUUUUGUCCUUCAUUUUGUUGUGGUUGUUAGCGUUAAGUGUCAGGAGAAAGAAAGAAAAUGCUGUCUCUGCAGGAGGCGAUCGGCCUUGACAUGGACGCGAUGACGUCCGGGUUCGGGUUCACCCCGUGGGAGGCCGACACGUGCCCCACCCUGGAGGAGCUCAUGGCGGCGUCGUCCACUUCGUCCCCCAGCUCGUCCGGCGGGGCGGUCGCGGACCAGGCGGCGGGGCUGGUGGAGGACGAGGAGGAGCGCCGGCGGCGGCAGCGGCGGAAGGUGUCGAACCGGCUGUCGGCGCAGCGGUCGCGGGCGCGCAAGCAGCAGCGCCUGGAGGAGCUCCGCGGGACGGUGGCUCGCUUCCGCGUCGAGAAGCGCGAGCUGGCCGCCAAGCUACACGCCGUGGCGCGGCACGAGCUCGCCGUGCGCCGCCAGAACGCGCGGCUCCGCGCCGAGGCCGCGGUGCUCGCGCGCCGGCUCCGCGAGGCGCGCCGCCUCCUCGCGCUGCAGCGGCUCAUGCAGCAGCUCCGGUCGCGUCGCCCGCAGCCGGGCGCUGGCAGCGGUCCGGGAGGAGCCGCCUUCCCGCCGGCGGCAGAGCUGGGGCUGGCUUCCCUCAUGACCUACUAGGAUGGAAUGAAGGAGGGCGCGGGUGGUCACGACCCAUGACCACGGACGGAGGUCACAUCACGUGUGAAAGUUUUGGAACGGAUGACGACGAGAGUACUACGUGCGUGAAUGAACCGGGAGCACUCACUACUGGUGCUUUAAGCAGCUGCAUGCAAUGCUAGGGACCCGUGCUUAUUUAGUUGACGUGUAGGCUGCAUAUAUAUAAUUAAGUACUACUCUACAUGAAUGAAUGGAUUGUCCGUCACCUGAUGUAAAUUACUAAAUGGAAAACUACUGCCGUUUUGGCACCGUA